AGGAGGAGGAGAAGGGAAGAAGCAGCAGCAGAAGAAGAAGCCGGGGGGGGGCCUGGCCGAGGCCCCGAGGGGUGCGGGAGUGACCUGGGGCCCGAGCCCUGGCCGCAGGCACGCCCCAUGCCGGCCUGCCAGCCCCACCGGCACCACGGCCCCUGCCCGCCGGCCCUCGGCGCGGGCCCUGCGGCCGUGGCGGAGCGCAGCGAGACGCCGACCUGAGCCGGGCUCGGCGCCGUCACAGCGCCGGUGACAGCUCUCCGAUCAGAGCCCCGGAGGAUGGAAGAGAAAAGCAUGCUGUGUGACCUCUUUGAAGAGGAGAACCUUACCAGUUCCAGGGAGGAGAGCACUGAAGGUGAUGUGAAGACAUUUUGGACACAAUUGGGAGGUAGAAGAGUGGAUGUCAUAUUUGAGAAGCUGCAAAAUGUGCUGUCCUUGCUGAAGGAAAAGAUCAAGAAUGGAACUGCAACAAACCAAGAAUGCUGGCAGGCUUGGGCACUGGUGAAUGAAGCUAAUCUAGGUGAUCUCUUAACCUUGCCAAAUGUAAGUGAUGAGUUGAAUGGAGAUGGUGCACAGGAAACCAAACCCAAACUGCAGCCUCUUCUUCCAGGUGACACUGCUGCAGAUACUGUAGAAGCUUCUGACAGUAGUGAAAAAGAGGACGUGGAAAAAACCUGCUCAGGGAGUAAAGAAGCACCAAGCAAAAUUCAAGGUUUACCUUUAACUGUUCAGUAUCAGAACCACAAGUGCUCUAGUGCAUGUCUUGCCAACAGAGCAGUGGGUUCCUACAAGGGCGAAAAUCCUCUGAAGAUCCCCAUCCUGUUUGACUUCCAAAGACGCCAUGCAAAAGCAGACUGCCUUUCGAAGCCGCUGGAUGUGAAUUACAAAGCUCCUUGUGGUCGGAGUCUGAGAAGCUUUCGAGAUGUGCGGAACUACUUGUUCGAAACAGAGUGCAAUUUCUUAUUUGUAGAUCACUUCUCCUUCAACACCUAUGUGCUGUUGGGCAGGAACACCAUGAAUCCCGAGCCCCUGGUGUUUGAGUUCGAUAUUAGCGAUGGAGCCGAGUCUGUGCCCAUCUCCUUCUGUAACAAUCUCGACCACGCAAGAUUGCCUUAUUUCAAGUAUCGGAAGGCCUCAUGGCCACGUGGAUAUUAUCUCAACAAUCUCUCCAGCCUGUUUGUUGAUUCCUGUGACUGCACAGACGGCUGCAUCGAUAGGUCAAAAUGUGCAUGUCUACAGCUAACAGCAAGAGGUUGUAGUAAAACUUCUCUGUCUCCAAGUAGUAAAAGAUCCCGUGGGUACCGUUACAAGAGACUGGAGGGACCUGUUCCUAGUGGGAUUUAUGAGUGUAGUGUGCUGUGCAGGUGUGACAAGCUGAUGUGUCAGAACAGAGUUGUACAGCAUGGCAUUCAAGUCAGGCUGCAAGUGUUCAACACGGAGAAGAAGGGCUGGGGUGUCCGCUGCCUGGAUGACAUCGACAAGGGGACAUUUGUUUGUACUUACUCAGGCAGAUUAAUGAGCAGAGCUGAAGUUUUGGAAGAUAGUGAGCAAGAGCUGAAGGAGAAAAGUGCAGUGAAUGAUAGAGGCCAUGACUUUUCUUUCAAAAAAAGAAAACUUGACCUUGGUCGUUCAGACUCAGUGAUUGAACUAGUGCAGACUGCCAAAAAUGACAUUCUUGAGAAUCAGGAUUCUUUGUCUCAGACUGUGGAUAAUGAAAAUAAAUCAACUCUGGUUCAUCAAAAGAACUCAAGUAAUGCAGCAGUGAGAAGGCCUGGAACUAGAACACUUUUUCGCAAUCACCAGCUAAAAAUGGUCCACAGUGCCAGCUCAGAUGAAGAUGAUAGUUCUCAGAUUCAUCAGCCAAGCAAAACAAAACUAACCAGUGGAACAAAGAAAGGAAAACAAAAAUGCACCCAGCAGCAGAAGGAAGAACAUCUGAUGGACGUUGGACAGACUGACUCUGCUGGUGUAGAGAGUGCAAGCUGUGAAAAAAAGGGUCUGUCACUGCAGGGUGUUGAUUGUGGCAAGUCCAGUGUGCUGGAUGACACCUGUGUUGUGAGGCCAUCCAGCAAUGCACCCCUAAAAACUGACUGCAGAGAAAAUAGCAGGCAGGCAAAACAUGAUGCACUUUGUAAGGAGUCUGAGGAUGAUGGCAUGCUUCCCAAGAACAGUAAUGAAGAAAAUAUUUAUGUACUGGAUGCCACAAAAGAAGGAAAUGUGGGUCGUUUUCUAAAUCACAGCUGCUGCCCAAAUCUCUUUGCACAAAGUGUGUUUGUAGAAACUCACAACAGAAGUUUUCCGUGGGUGGCAUUCUUCACAAACAGACAUGUAAAAGCUGGAACCGAACUCACCUGGGAUUAUGGUUAUGAAGCUGGAAGCAUGCCAGAGACAGAAAUUUCCUGUCACUGUGGAGUUCAGAAGUGCAGGAAAAAAACCAACUGCCUGAAACGAAGGCGUAGGCAGCGUGGGGUCGGCAUCUUCCCCCUGGCAACAAGUGACAGGAAGCUGCACCCGGGGAGGCUCAGCCCUCGGGAUUGGCUGCCCGACGGCAGCCCGGCGGUGGUGCCGGGCACGGGUAUCGAACCCCGGUACCGGGCCGUGACCCCGGCGCGCCCGCGGGUGGCGCGGCCACGCCUCCCUUAUCACGUGACCGGCGCCUCAGCGGCGCGCCUUCCCGCCAGCCACGCCAGGGCCGCUGCCAAUCAGCGCCGCGCAGGUGUGCGGGGCGGAGCAUCGGCGGGCGCCACCGCGCAUGCUCCGUGCCCCGGCCGGACGCUCUCACUUCCGCGCGGGAGAGUUGAGGGCGGGGGAGGGGGCGGUGGUGGUGUCUGUGACGGCUCGCGCGACUCGGGCCGCGAGCGGGCGGUAAGUGCCACCGCGGGCGGGGGGAGCGCGGAACCUCCUCAGCGGCGGUCCCGCAGCCCCGCUCUCCCCGCAGUGCCAGCGAGUGGACCCUGCCGGGGCUCGGGCUGGGCGGGGGCGCCUUUUCCUGCUCUAGGUGCUUCCUGGAUAAUGGCGAAGAUGGUGAGAACGACAUGUGCAUUUUGUUCAGAAGGGGAGGCUGGCUCUGUGAUGUAUAUUGCCACAGAGAGAAAUAUUGCAGCUCAUCAGGAUUGUCUGUUAUUUUCCUCAGGAUUUGUGGAAUCUGAAGAUCAGAACCCAGAAAAUCUGGAAAUAAGGUUUGAUGUGUCAUCAGUGUUAAAGGAGCUCAGGAGAGGAAAGCGGCUGGUGUGCAACUUCUGCCGCAAGAAGGGGGCCACGGUGGGCUGCGAGGAGCGCGCGUGCCGCAGGAGCUACCACUUCUUCUGCGCCCUCUGCGACGAUGCCGCCGUGGAGACCGACGAGGUCAACGGCGUCUACAGAGUGUUCUGCCCAAAACAUGACCCAGGGAAUAGGACCAAUCGCUAUGAUGCAGCUAAUAAGAAAAGAAGACGUACGUUGACGUCUCCCACCAUCACAGAAGAAAUGAGUACAGAAGAGACAGCAGAAGAAAACAGUUUACGAAUACUAAAAAGAAAAAACAACAGGCAUAAAGUUCGGAUAGACUUUGUUAGGAAGUGCAAACAAGCUGGGCUUCUGGAUGACAUAUUUGAAGAAAUGCUGGACACACUUCAUCUGGCUCAGGAAAAGCUGAUGGAUGACAACACUUCAGAAACAGAGUAUGAAGAGACAGUGAUGGCACUGUUUGACUGUGGACUGUUUGAAAACAUAUUGACAAAUAUUUAUUCAGGAACAGAAGAAAAAAUCCAGAAACUUCUGGAAAACAGAAAAAGACUGGAUCACAAGAUUGAGCUGCUGCAGGACUUAAAAGAAGUCAUCCUUCCUACUCCAGAGAACAUGGCCAGUACAUCCAGUACAGUGUCUGAAUAACCCCUCUCUGUGAUGGUGCAAUUGUUAGGAUUUUUAAUGAUAAAAACCAUAGACCAGUCUGGUCGGUGCCCAAUUUCCCAGCCCGAAGAUGAGGGCUGAAUGGGUGCAAGAAUGUGCUGUUAUACUCAUUUUUAUACCUCACUGUUGCAAUAAUUUAAAGUCCUUCAAGUGUUCAAAUGUUCCUCUUCAAAUUUUUCCCUGGUUCCACUAUAAAUUUCCACUUAUAUUGCACAAUGGAAUAUAAAUGAGUGUUACUAACUAAAUUUAGCUUUUGCAACAACUCAACAGAACCCUCCAGGGAAGACUUUUUUUCUCAAAGCCAGGGCCAUGUUCAGCUGCCACAGAACACUUGCUAAAUUCACUUUACCUGUGGGAGCCCUCUCCUGGCUGGGCAGUAGGGCCUCACUGUCUGUGUCUAGACAGUGAUGUUUGAAGGAUCAUAGUGCUGCUUUGGCUUUCCCAGAAAAGAUAAAGGAGCAGCACUUGCACUCAAAGAAGUCUUCUGGAUUACAAACAGGAGUUUAAUUUAAAAAGCCAAAUUAUUCUUUAUUGACUGGUCCAGGGGCACUGUUUCUGCUAUACUGGCAGUGGUAAAGCAGUGUUUACAGGCAGACCAGAAAGGGUUGGGCAUUAUACUCAGAACAAGUACAAUGUCAAAUGGAGCAAAACAGUGACUGGAUCGUCCCUUCUCCAUUAAGAAAGGGUUCAAUUUUCAUGUGUUUUGUCUUUAAAAUAUUGCUUGAAUACAGAAAAGCCACAACAGGCUAAGUUAAUAAAAUAAAACAUUUUUUAAAGGA